AUGACUGUACACGGCAAAUUCAACCUUGCCCGUGCCUUUAAGCUGACACCACAUGGAUCCAAGUUCCAUGCCAAAUUCACCAAUUUCUCCAUCAUCCAGGCCGACUACAAGACGGUGGGCCGCCAUCACAUCCGCGCCGACAUUGUAAUUCCCAAUUCGCUAGCCCCAGGCAAGUGGCCUGUGAUAGUCCGAUUCCAUGGCGGCGGACUGAUAAUCGGGGACUCCCUCUUCCCCGAUUGGUUUCCGCAAUGGCUUCUGCAACUCGCCGAGAAACACUCCGCCAUCAUCGUCUCUGCAAACUACCGUCUCCUUCCCGAAUCCACCGGCUUGGAUACCCUGGAAGAUGUCGAGGAUUUGUGGUCAUGGCUGCAUUCCUCGCAGCUCGCACGCAUUCUCGCCUCUCAGCCCCGCCGCCCUCUUGAACUCGAUCUCAGCCGGAUCCUGACUGCUGGUGACUCUGCGGGUGGUCUCCUCAGUCUUUCUCUGGCGCUGUCACAUCCUGAUGAAGUUCGAGCCACAAUCGUUGCAUAUCCUUUAAUCGAUGUCGACGAUCCAGCCUUCGCUGUUGGAUCCAGCACCCCAAUGUUUCACCUGACCGAGGAUGAUUCGUCGGAAUCGAUGGUCGACCAAUAUGUCUAUAGCAUCAAACCGGGCACUGUUGUCUCCAGUGCCAGUCCGCCCAAACGAAUGGAUUUGUUCGGCGCGGUUAUUCAAGAGGGCAAAUUCCAAGAGUUAUACAAACGCGGAUCAGAAGACUCACCACAUCGCAACCGCCUCUUCCUCCUACGGAGGUUAGAGGCUCCCGGGGCGAAGUUGCCACGGGGUGGGAUAGUGAUUAUGCAUGGCACGGAAGAUGAUCUUGUCCCGCCAAGGGGGAGCGAGAAAUUCAUUGCGAAGGCAAGGGAACUCCUCAAGGACCAGCAAGGGAGUGACAGACUUGUUUUGACGAUGCAACCGGGUAAUCAUGGCUUUGAUGCAAAUGCCAAGUUGACCGAUCGGUGGCUGAGUAAUGCCAUCAGCGGUGCUGUGGAAACAUGGCUGGAAUAG